ACAUAUGAGUAUAUGACAUAUCCCCACUCUAGCCAAGUAGCCAGUCCUCUCUCCACUCUCCUCUCGCACCACCAAAAAAACCGGCCCCACCGUUCGCCAUGAGCUCCGAAGCAGAAUGCGCAGCUCCAGCCGCCGCCGCGCCGGAUGGGGCGGGCGGCGGCAGGGUGGAGAUCGACACGUCCGCGCCGUUCGAGUCCGUGCGGGAGGCCGUCGACCGGUUCGGUGGCAGCGCCGUCUGGAGCUCCGACCUCGUCAGGCGCAUGUUCGCGCCCUCCAAGAAACAUGAACAGUCUGACCAAGCUGCAGAGGCCAUCAACGCCGAGGAGCAGGCUGCACAGCUAGAGAACGAGCUGGCAGUUAAAGAAAGGGAGACUCUUGAUGUGCUCAAGGAGCUGGAGGCAACCAAGAAGAUCAUAGCAGACCUGAAACUGAAGAUACGGAAGGAAGCCACUGAAACAUCCCCUGAAGAGGCUGCUGACCAGGUUUCUGAGGCGGGAGCUCAACAGCAGAAACCUGAAAACACCAACAUUGAUGUGGUGGUGGACAUGGAAGGUGUAGAGGAGAACCAUUCAGGUUCGGUUCCGGUGGAUCUCGAGCAGGCGAAGGCAAACCUGAACAGAGCUACAUGUGAUCUGGCUGCGGUGCGGGCUGCAGUCGAGCUACUGCGAAACAGCAUAGCGAAAGAGAAAGUGUUGCUUGAAAGAGCCCGAGAGAAGCUCUCCUCUGAUACUUCGUCGGUUUCUUCUUUGGAGGAUGACCUGGAUCAGACAGCGCAAAAGAUGGAAACGCUGAAGGAUCUGCAGAGGAGACGCAAAGACCCCUCAGAUAUUUUUGUAGAGAUCAAGAAAAUGACCACCGAGGUGCAGCAGCUCAGGAGCAUGGCAGACGAUUCGAAAUCUGAGGCAAUGGUGUUGGCUGCAGAAAUCGAGCAGGUAAAGGCCAGCAUUUGCACGGCUGAGGUCAGGUGCAUUGCAGCCAGGAAGAUGGAAGACGCCGCUAGAGCAGCAGAGGCCCUCGCGCUGGCCGAGAUCAAAGCGCUAGUGAGCAGCGGAAGUUCUUUCGAAGGAGACACCGCUUCCGAUGGAGGAGGGGUAACUCUCUCGAUGGAGGAGUAUUUCAAGCUGUGCUCCCGAGCUCUGGAAGCUGACGAAAGCUCCAGGAGGAAAGUGGAGAACGCAAUGCUGCAGGUAGACGCAGCUGACGAUUCAGAGUCCGAGUCUGUCAAGAGGCUCGAGGAUGCCAGAGUGGAGGUCGAGGAGUGCAAGAAGGCGCUGCAAGAGGCCCUGAGGAGGGUAGAGGCUGCAAACCAUGGGAAGUUUGCGGUGGAAGAGAUUCUUCGUAGAUGGAAAUCUGAGAGCGGGCACAAGAGGCGGUCUCUUGGUGGCUCCCCAAGAUUCAAAAGGGCGGCAGCUCACCGUCGCGAAGAUUCGCACGCCACGGAUAUGAUCUCUGAUGCUUCAGACAGACCACCCAAACCAACAUUGUCGAUCGGGCAGAUACUGAGCAUGAAGCUAAUGGGACCUGAUGGGUACGACAAGAGUGUUUGGGAUGACAAAACAGGCGAGAUACCGGAGAUCUCGCUCGGUCAGAUUAUAAACAGGAGUGGUGUUCUGUGCAGAGAGGAUGUGGCUGCUCGCAGAAGAAUUUCGGGGAAGAGGAAGAAGUUUGCAUUGACUGGGCUUUCUGUUCUCCUGGCCAAGCAAUCGAAGAACAAGAAGAAGAGAGAAUCCUUUUAAGCUGGUACAAGUCGUCCCACAAAUAUCAGUGCUGUACUUUAUAGUCUUGUGAUAUGCAGUUGUAGUUCAACCUUGUCAUUAGUAGCUGGUUAUAUCGAGAUAUUUUGUAUGAGGAAUGAGGUAGUAUAUUUUAGUUCCUCAUGUUAAAUGUACCGGUAGCGAUUAUUUGCUGCUAAUUAGAGUAGCGACUGGCAGUUCUCUGCUAUGUAUGCUGUUGAGGUCUACGUAAUUGGACCCAAAAUU